AAGACUAAGCAAAACUCUUAGAUCAAAAUUAAGCAACAGUGAAAGAUGUGGACUGCUCCACUGUGUGUUCUCCUCUGCGCCUACUUGGGCGCUGUGGAGGCACAGAUUGCAUACACAGGCCACCUAUCCGAGCUGCGCAUCAAAGAACUAAGCCAGUUGGCUAUGCGCAUGGAGCAGUCUAUCAAUGCCCACAAAUACGCCUGCGACAGCUACUACGACCACGUCUGCAGUCGCAAUCGUCCUCUCUUCUCGGUUAUGGGUCAUAUGCCGCCAAGCAGCGAUCUCAUUCAGUUGCUGACUAAGCUUCAGAACGAUCCGGAGCAGUUUGAAGCAAAGCAGAAACUAAUCGACUUCUUCAUAUCGUGCAACACCCUGAAGUCCUUGCAGGACUGCUAUCGCGAAACAUUUGAGUACUUCAAACCGCUCUUUGGCUACAUCAUUACCAAAGACCUGGUCGAAGGCAGCUCGCAUGAGUUGCGUGACUUUCGGGAUCUAAUCCAGCGCUUUGUGGACCGCAGUAAAUCAGUUUUUGGAACCGACUCCCAUCCAUUAAGAAACCGAUUACAAACCUAUAAGGAGAAAUUUGCCACGCCCAGUAUAUAUUUCUAUGCCGGAGACCUGAACCGAGAGUACGCCGGUCUGCGCAUCUAUCGCGAGAGCUACGAGCACAAUUUGCGGAAUCUCGAAAUGCAUCGGAAGCGUAACUCUACUUUCGAGCUGGGUGUGCAGCGGACGAUGCUCGACUGGAGUUUGUAUCUAUACCAGAGUCGGUACAAGCCCAUGUCCUACUUCUAUCCUACGUUCACCGUGCAUUUGUACAUGACCAUGUUUAACAUUAGCGAGCGGCAACGGGACUCAACGCACUUCCGGGAGGAGGCGGAGUGUCUCAAGCUGCCCCAGUACGUAAACGUGCUAAGCGAGGCUCGCAUGUUAGCUAUCAUAUAUCUAAAGAGCUUUAGGCACACUUGGCAAGAGUAUAGCGAUUGGAUACAGUCCUCGACAAAGCAUCGCGCGAUCUACGACCAAGAAAACGAGAUACUUCGACACUACCAGUUGAGCAACAAGCGAAUCUUCUUCACUCUCUUCGCCCAGAACUUUUGUGAGUUUGGCAAGGAGUUGGCCGAGCACGUUUUUUACCUGGGUCUCAAGGAAAACGCGGAUUUCUUUAAUACUUACUCUUGCGGCUAUCAGACGGAAAUCACAAGGAAUUGUGUUUAAAAUAAUAUCUAAAGCCUAAUGUUUU